GCGGUUCGCUCAAAAGUGCGCGGAAUAUGGCGGUUACGACUGCGCGUGAGUUCUUGUACUCGCGUCGUUCUUGGUACGUCUGAAUUGUGUCCGCGGACGUGUUAAAGACUGCUACACCGCGAUGCACAUAAAGAGCAUAACCAUCGACGGCUUCAAGUCGUACGGACAGCGGGUCGACAUCAAGGGGUUCGACCCACUCUUCAACGCGAUCACGGGCCUUAACGGCAGUGGCAAAAGCAACAUCCUCGACUCGAUAUGUUUCGUGCUGGGCAUCAGCAACCUGUCGCAGGUGCGUGCCGUCAACUUGCAGGACCUUGUGUACAAGAACGGCCAGGCGGGCAUCACCAAGGCGACGGUUUCAAUCACGUUCGACAACCGCGACCCACGUCAGAAGCCCGUCGGCUAUGAACAUUACGACGAGUUCACCAUCACGAGACAGGUGGUGGUAGGCGGCAGGAACAAAUACCUCAUCAAUGGCGUGACUGCAACUAGCAACCGGGUGCAGGACUUGUUUGGAUCAGUGCAACUCAACGUCAACAACCCUCACUUCCUCAUCAUGCAGGGCCGCAUCACUAAAGUGCUCAACAUGAAGCCACCUGAGAUCUUGGCUAUGAUUGAGGAAGCUGCUGGCACACGUAUGUACGAGAGCAAGAAACAGGUGGCGCAGCGCACCAUUGAGAAGAAAGAAGCUAAGCUGGCUGAACUGGACAGUGUGCUGAAUGAAGAGAUCACGCCCACGCUGAACAAGCUGAAGGAGGAGAGGCAGGCAUACCUGGACUACACCAAGGUGUCGCGAGAGCUGGACCACCUGACGAAGUUGUAUGUCGCGUGGCAGUAUGUCCAGACUGAGGAGCUCAGCCGGACCUCGAAGGAGAAGCUGGAGAAGAUGAAGGCGACCGUUGAGCAGUCCAAGGCCUCGGUCGAGGAGCUGCAGGCUAAGACCAAGGACAUGAGCGAGCUCAUUGCCACCAUGGAGCGGAAGAAGGAUGAGGAGACGGGUGACAAGUUGGAGGCGUUGGAGCGUCGCCUGAAGGAGUGCCAGCUGGAUGAGACCAAGGCCAACUCGGACCUGCAGUUCAGCAAGGGGCGCAUCAAAGAGGAGCACAAGACGCGCGCGAGCCUCCAGAAGAGCAUCGAGGAGGACAAGACCGCCAUAGCGAGCAAGGAGAAGCAGGUGGAGAAGUUGCAGACGACGCUCGUCGAGCUGGCUGAGGAGAGCGAGAGGGAUGCUGAGGCCAUGGCCGCGGCUCACAAGCAUUUCCAAGCGGUCAGCGCUGGCCUUGCGAGCAACGCUGAGGGCGAGGAGGCCACGCUUGCCGAGCAGUUGAGGGCGGCCAAGAGCGACAUUGCGGAAGCCGAGACGGAGAGCCGCCAGACGGAGAUGCGGCUCAAGCACUCACAGGAAGAGGCCAAGAAGAAGCAGUCCGAGUGCAAGAAGACUGAGGCCAGCUACCAGAAGGACGAGGCGGCCAACCGAGCCAUCGAGAAAGAGCUCAAUGCGAUAAGGGCCCAGCUGAGCAAGCUGAACUAUGAAGAAGGACGUGAGGAGAACCUCCUGAGCCAGAAGCAGCAGCUGCAGCGGGAGAUUCACGGUUUGCGACAGAACAUUGACAUCUUUGAAGCCAGGAACCAGCAUCUGUCGUUCAAUUACACAGACCCCGUGCGCAACUUUGACCGGCGGAAAGUGUACGGUCUCGUCUGUGACCUGUUCACAGUCAAGGACCCACGUGCUACGCGUGCUCUCGAGAUGGCUGCCGGAGGCAAGCUCUUCAACAUUGUGGUCGACAACGAGGAAACUGGCAAGCUGCUGCUGAAGAAUGGGCGGCUGAAGCGCCGUGUGACCAUCAUCCCGUUGAACAAGAUCACAGGACGCGACGUUGAACCUCAUGUGAUCCAGCGGGCCCAGAACCUGGUUGGCCGAGGUAACGUGUUCGCAGCGCAGUCCCUUGUCGACUACCCACCGCACCUGGCGCCCGCCAUGAAGUUUGUGUUCGGCACCACACUGGUCACAACCAAGAUUGACGAUGCCCGUAUUGUGGCGUUUGACAAUGGCGUGCAGAAGCGGACCGUCUCGUUUGAUGGGGCUUCCUUCGACCCCUCUGGUGUCAUCUCUGGAGGUGCACAGCCCAAGGGUCCCAGCACGCUGGAAAUGGUCGCCCAGAUCAAGAAAGACCGCACGGAAUUGGCGUCUCGUGAGCAGGCUUACGCAAACAUCUCCAAGGAGCUCGCAGGAAUCCAGGCCGUGGCACAAAAGUACAACCGCCUGAAAGAAGAGUCGGACCUGAAGGAGACCGAGUUGGAGCAGCUGAAGAGUCGACUCCAGCAGAGCACGCACCACCAGCUUCUGCAGGAGUACCAGGCCCUUCAACAGACCAUUGAGGAGUCGAAGGCCAAGUUGCAGGCGUGCAAGGAGACACAGAAGAAAGCCUCGGCUCGGGUGAAGGACCUCGAGGAGAAAGUGAAAGAUGCCAAGAACAUCCGAGACCGGGAGUUGAAGGCAGCCGAGCAGCAGAUCUCCAAGUGCAAAAAGAAGGCUGAUGAGUCGGCCAAGAAGGCCACUGCCAAGAAGCAGGAAGUGGAAGGGCUGAACCUGGAGAUCCAGGAACUGGAGAAGUCCAUCGUGGGCUACCAGGAUCUGAUGAAGACGAGCGAUGGCAUGAUGGCCAAUCUCGAAGAAAAGCUCAAGCAGAACGAGGAAAAGCUGGCUACUGCCAAGGAGAAAGUGAAAGAGGCCGGCGAAGAGGUCAAGGCACAGAAGGAGAAGCUCAAGGCUGCGAGCCGCGAGAUCGCCGAGAAGUAUGCCGAGCGGGCUGAGAUCGAGAAGCAGGCCGACCAGCUCAAGCUCAAGAUCCAGCAGUGGGAGCACGAUGUCACCAAGAUCGACCGUGAGGCCGGGGACGCUGUGAAGAAGCUGGAGGACAUGGUCCACCACUACGAGUGGAUUCCUUCGGAGCGGCCCUACUUUGGCAAGAGCAACACUGAGUAUGACUUUGAGGCCAACAACCCGACUGAUGCCGGCCGGCGCAUCCACAAGCUGUCCGAGACCAAGGAGAAGCUGGGCCAGAAUGUCAACUCGCGCGCCCAGAACAUGCUGCUGAAGGCCGAGGAAAAGCCAGUGGUGGCUGCCGUGUGCUUCCCAACUCGCAUGCGCAGAGCGGCUAAGUACACAACUGUAGUCAUUCACAGCUGUUUCUACACCACGAUAGAUAAUGAGCAGCAAAAAAAGUCACUGGUGGCCCUCUCUUUGAUCCUGUCGUUGCUGCUGUUCAAGCCAGCACCAAUCUACAUCCUGGACGAAGUGGACGCUGCACUCGACCUCUCGCACACACAAAACAUUGGCCAGAUGCUGCGCGCCCACUUCAAGCAGUCACAAUUUGUCGUCGUCUCUCUGAAGGAGGGCAUGUUCAACAACGCCAACGUCCUCUUCCGAACAAAGUUCGUCAACGGCAUGUCCACCGUGUCCCGCACUACGCAGAGCAUUGAAGGCAAUAAGUGAGCUUGGUCUCACAAGGGCCGCUCGGUUUACAUGGUUUUCAUCUUCCGAUACCUUGUAUAUUAAUUCAUCACUUUAGCAUCGCUUACUAAUGUUUGUUAUUGGGCCACUUUUAAGCUUUUAUUUUUGUGGCAGUUGAUUUUUUCUGCAAAAUAAACAUUUUUUUAACUUUUGUAUAA